AUGAGUUCAGUAUUCAUACAAUCAAAACCAAAAAAAUUGUCGCUAGAUAAAAUUGGUCAAUUAGAAGAUGACUUAGAAACAAAUCCAUUGGAUUAUAAUAAAUGGAUUAAAUACUUAGAUCACAUUUUGGCAAAAGAUAAUCAAGAACAAGUUAGAAAGGCAUUUGAUAAAUAUUUGGAAAUUUUCAAAUUUGAUGGAGUUCAAUGGAAUAGAUACAUAAAAUAUGAAUUAAGUAGAGGAGAAAAAGAAGUUGCAGAAUCGUUAUUUCAAAAAAGUUUUGGUUUGGCUGAUAAUGUUGAAUUAUUUCGACUGUAUGUUGAUUAUGUAAGAAGUGUAACUGAUUUUAUAACAGGAGGUGAAAAAGCAAGAGGAACAGUUAUUCAAGCUUUUGAAUUUGCAGUUGAUAAAGUUGGAUUAGAUGUAUCAAGUGAUGGAUUAUGGCAAGAUUAUAUUGGAUUUUUAAAAACUUGGACUCCAGGAGCAAAUUGGGAACAACAACAAAAAAUUGAUUUAAUGAGAAAAGUUUAUAAGAAAUUUUUAGCUAUCCCAACUGAAAAUAUUGAAAGUAGCUGGGCACAAUAUACAAAAUGGGAAAAUGAAAUAAAUCCUUCUGUUGCUCAAAAAUAUGUAUCUGAAAAAUCUUCCGAUUUUAUGGCAGCAAGAUCUUGGAAUACUGAAUGGCAACAUAUCACGAACAAAAAAUUAAAAAGAACUAUAAAUCCUCAAUCAUCAUCAUUAGAUAAUUCAACUGAAGAGCAAAUUAAAUACUGGAAUAGUUGGAUAGAACUAGAGAAGAAGAAUUCUUUAGAAUUAAAAGAUUCUUUCACAUUACAGAAAAGAAUUAAUUAUGUUUAUAAACAAGCAACAUAUGCUCUACCUUUUAUACCACAAUUAUGGUUUGAAUAUGUAAAAUAUUUAUUAAUUACAAAUGAGGAAAAUAAUUUAAAUGAUUGUAUUGAAACUUUAAAAGAUGGUUUAAAAUUAAAUCCUAAAAGUUUGUUACUCUCUUUUCAAGUUGCCGAACUAUAUGAAAAAGAUAGUUCUUUUGAAAAAUCUAAACUAGUUUAUGAAAAUUUAAUAAGUAAAUUGACUGUUAGUUUCGAUAAAGUAACUAAAGAAUUGAAUGAAUUAAAAGAAAAAAUGAGCCCACCAAAGAAAGAAGAAAAUAGUGAUGAUGAUGAGGAUGAAAAUAUGGAAGAAUCAAAUAAAAAUGGAGAAGAAACAAAUCAACAACCAAAAAUUAAUGGUAAUGGAUUACCAAAUAUACCAGGAUUACCAAAUAAACCAAUGUCGUUACCUAAUAUACCGAAUUUGCCAGGUGUACCUACUACUACAGCAUUUCCAAACUCACCAAAUCUACCAAAAAUUCCAACCCACGCACAACUUAGCUCAUCAGUUGUCUCUUUAGCAGAUUCAAAACAAUUACAAACAUUGGAAAAACAACAAAAACAAAUAUCAGAGCAAAUCACCUUAAUAUACAUAAAGUUAAUGAUUGCAAGUAAAAGAGCAGAAGGUAUGAAACAAGCAAGAAAUGUCUUCAAACAAGCAAGAAAAUUCCCUGGUAUAGAUUAUCAAGUUUAUAUAGAAAGUGCUUUGCUAGAACAUUAUGCAGAUAAUAAAAAAACAGCAAUCAAAGUAUUCGAUAUUGGACAAAAGGCAUUUCCUACAAAUGGAGAAUUUGCUUUGAAAUAUUUAGAUUAUUUGAUAAUGAUUAAUGAUACCGAAAAAUUAAGAAGUACAUUACAGACUGCAGAUACAAAUUUUGCAAAAGAAAUUUCUCAAUUAACUGAUGAAAUCAACGUACCUGAUAUAGAACCAAUUUUGAAGGCUGAAAAAGAAAAAAAAUUGAAACAACUAAAAACUCAAUUGAAAAACCUAUAUAAAAAGUAUAUAUCAUUUGCAGCUACAAAUUUGUCAUUAGAUAUAGCUAACACUUUUGCUAAAAAAUACGAUUCUUUAUUCGCAGAAGAUGAUCCAAUUGAUUUAUUCACAGAUAGAUACAAAUUAGGUAGAAUUAAUAUAAUAAAACGUGAUGAACUAGACCAAGAUGGAUAUGAUAAGGAUUAUGAUAAUGAAGAUGAACCAGUAAGAAAAAGAAGAAGAAGAAUAUCAAUUUCCAACAAUUUCGAAAAUGAAACUCAAUCAUCAGUUGUUAGAAACAUUCAAGAAUCUAGCCGUUUUGAUCACGAUUUACAAAAUGGUCAUAGUAAUAAUGCAAAUAAUGAAUCAAAUUUUGUUGGACCUUCAAUUGUUGCUUUAAUGACUGCAUUACCAAAUGCGUCAUAUUUUGGUUUACCUUCUGAUAGUGUUUUCAAUAGUGACAAAUUAGUUACAUUAUUUGCUAAUUUAUCGAAUAUUUCGUAA